AUGAUAGACUAUGAUGAUGGAGAAGCCAAUCUUUUAAAUUUCUAUGGCUUAUCUACCAUCCACCCUACGGAAUUGGCCGACCUUAACAUAUCUUCUCAAGAUCCUAUAGAUGUUGAUGAUGAAAAGAUCAAAUCCUUAACUGUGGAUGAACAAUUUCAAAUGUUGAAUUCAUUAGUGAAAGAAAAUCAUAUUGAUCAGUCUUAUCACAACGAUGUUGAAGAUCCAUUCAGAGGUGGGAAUACUAAUGUUGUUAAAGAAUUGAUUGAUAAUCGUAUCAUUAGUUCUGAAAAUGAUCCUGAUGUGAACAAGUAUUUGAUUUCAUCAAGAGAAUUCAAUUCAACUAAAUUCUUAACUACCAUACAUAAAGAUACUCCUAUCGAACAAUUGGUAGAGUAUCUUAAAUUCUUACAAAAGAACAUCGAGAGUCAACAAGGAGAAUUGAAAUAUGUUAUUAAUGAUAAUUUCUUGAAAUUCAUUGAUUGUAAAGAUUCAAUCGAUGAAAUCUUGGGUAAUUUUAAAAAACUGAAAACCAGAGCCCAACAAGAACUAGAAAAUGCCAGAGUAUUCAAUCCUUCAAGAGUGAAAAACCUUGAAAAAGAUAAUAAAUUCUUAAUAAGUGGAUUAGAAGAUUCUAUUAAAAAUUUAACCACAGCUACCUCAAUUUUAAUAAGACCGAUUAUGGAUAACGAAAAUAAAGAAUUGAAGAUUUCAAGAAUCAUAGAAUUUGUUAAAACCAACAAAAUCUUAUUUGACUUACCUUCCAAAUUAAUGGCAGCUGUUACAAAUCAAAAUCAUGAAGAAAUUAUAGAUUCAUUAACAUUAUAUUCUAAGCAUAAACGAACUAUUAUAGAAGAACAAAAAUUCAAACUCAAUAAUCUUAAACAACAAACAAGGGAUGAGAAAAAACAUCAAGAAUUGAAAGAUUAUCAUAAAAGUGUUAAUACCCUUUUGAAUAGAAUUUUCAAUCAAGUAGAUAAUAUUAUUGAAGUUUAUAAGAAAUCCAUUUAUAAUGAAUUAUUAUCAUUUGAUAAUGAUUUAGGUAAAGGUCAUAGAUCAAAUAAUGCUAAGUUCUUGUCUAUAGUUGAUAAGAUCGAUCAGUUGAAUUUCAAUGAAUUGGUUAAAUCUGAUCAAAAACAUAUUUCCCCUAUCAACACAUUUUUAAAGACCCAAUUGAAAAAAUCUAACGAUGAUUUGUUUUACCAAUUCAAUAAGUUUGAAGAAAAGUUCCAAAUCUUACAGAAUAAGAUUGUCAACUAUAUUGAAUCUUUAAAGGAUUAUAAAGUAAAUGGAUCAUAUGUCAAUUAUAUUGAAGAGAAGUAUAACAAUAUUGAGAAUUAUUUCAAAGCUUCGUCAUCUAUAAAAUUCAAAAAACCUAAUUUACAAGAAUUGGAACUCAUUAUUAACGAAACCUUCGAUAGUAAUGAUAAUUUGGAUUUAUCAUUGAUCAAUGAAACCUGGUUAGUGUUCCUCAAUUUCAUUAAUUACUUGAAUGAUAUUUACUUGAAGAAUUUGAAUAAAUUCGUUGAUAAUUAUAAUUACUAUAUCAAGAACAAUGCACAAAUUGAUAUCAAUGGUGAUAUUAGAAAUUUAUUUUUGAAUACCAUCAUUCAAAUUUCGGAUAAAUUAUUCAAUAUUUUCCAAAAUAGUCAAGAAACAAAUAAUCAAUUGGAGAGUUCUCCUACUCAGUAUAAUAAUAUUUUACCUCAUUAUACCAAUUCUUUAUCGACAAUUUAUUAUAUCACCAGAAUCAAUAACAGAUUGAAUAAGAUAUUUACUCAUUUUGGUAAAAAUGUUAUGACUAUAGGUAACAUAGGUAAAACUACAGAAACCAAUAAAAUUAUCAAAAAUUUAAGAACCAUUUCCAGUUCUAUAAAUCAAAAGAUCUUGGAAAGUACUUGUUCAGUAUGGGUGAAUGACUGUUCACAAUUUUAUGAUUUGGAAAAUUGGGAAAUUGAUGAAAAGAUCAUCAGUAAUGAUGUUGAAUUGACUAACACUAAAUUAGUUAAUAUCAUUGAAUUUUAUAUGAUUUAUAUGUUGAAACAAAUCAAAUCUUUGGUUUUCAUUGAUUUGGAAGAAGAAAGCAAUGUCAAGAUAGUAUCAACAUACCCUAGUAAGAAAAUGUUAGUGUCAAUAGAAAUUCAAUUCAUGAGAUGUUUAAGUAUAAUAAUUGAUUCUAUAAUGAAGAAGUAUAAUUUAGAACAACAAAAACUGCAAGAAUCCAACUUCAAAAUUUUAACUAUGAAUAACAUAGAUAAGAUUUUGAGAGAUAUUUAUCCUAACUUACUCAAAAACUAUGAUGCCAAAUUCGAAAAGGAUUUAUCACAACAAAACUUGAAAAUUUUCACUGACAUCGAUAAAGUCAAUUUCACUAUUUUGGAAGACGUUUUAAAUAAAGAGAAGACUAUUGUAGAUGAAAUUUUGACAGGAUUCUUCAAUAAAAUCAUUCAUGGUUCUAUAACUACAGAAUUCAAAGUAGACAAUUUUAUCUACGAGAUCUUAACUCAUUUCGUCAAAUUAGUUUACAAUUUGAAACCUAUCACCAAUCAAGAAUUCUUUAUUAAGAUCAUUAAUGAAUUACAAGAUUUUUUCUUGAAGAACUUCUUAGAUUAUUUCAGAAAAUUAAAUACUUCAGUUGAAAACUUCGAUGUCAUUUUAGUCAACUUGAAAUUAGAUAUAAACUUCUUCAUUGAAAUAUUUGAACCUUCCAAAACAUUGAAGUUAAAUGAGUAUUGUUUCAACAUUGCAGAUAUCAUAUUGAAUUCCAUCAAACAAGAAAAUGAUCCUAUAAUCAGUGAUAAGAAGUUUGAUAAUAUCUUAAUUCAAUGUUUAAAAGAUAGUGAUAGUCAAUUUGAUUGUUUAGGUAGAUAA